AAGCUCUGUGGGGGUCAGGACCGGCCAGACCACAGAGACGGACUCCAGCAGGGAGAGAGCUCCUGGCAGAGGGAAGAAGUGAUCUUACCUGCAGUUCACCUCUUUCUUUUACUGACUUUACCUCGGGACAUAAAGCAAGAUGACUCUUCUGUUCUUAGACGUUUGUCUAAAUGAAGCCCUCUUGAUUUCAUUUUUGCUCUGGGAUUCCUAAGCAGAGAAGAAGAAAAGACAUCUUCCCCUGAGCAGCCUCCCAGCUCCCAUUCAGUUUGGUACCGGGGCAGCAGCUCCAGCCACAGAAAGCAACCCGGUGAGUGUCCCCAAGCGGGGGGUCACUGCAGGCAGAUCUGCCCCUCGUUGUGAAACGGGGCUUUGCACACUUUCUGAAGCCCGGGGAAUUGGUGCUGACUUCCAAGCUGCCAGGUGGAAGAAGAGAAAGUUGAUCUGCAGACCCUGAGGGGAGAGGGAGAAGCCCCUCUCCCCUCCCCCCUACCACAGCACCAUGGGCAACGUUUGUCUGAGGUUCUGGGCAUACUUGCGGCCCUGUCUCCCCUGCUUGUUCCAGGAGGCUGACAAGCCGGGAGUGGUGAUUGAGAACCCCAUGGCCCACUGCUCCCCCGGUCCUCCCCAGCUGCAGAGUCAGGAGCCCGGGAGGAGCCACGGCCACCACUUUGUGGCUCUGUUUGACUACCAGGCUCGGACCGCAGAGGACCUUAGCUUCCGCACGGGCGACAAGCUCCAAGUCCUGGACACUUCCCGGGAGGGCUGGUGGUUCGCCAGGCACUUGGAGAAAAGGGGAGAUGGCUCUGCCCAGCCGCUGCAGGGCUAUAUUCCUUCUAACUAUGUGGCUGAGGACAGGAGCCUGCAGGCAGAGCCGUGGUUCUUUGGAGCAAUCAAGAGAACAGAUGCAGAAAAACAACUAUUAUAUUCAGAAAAUCAGACUGGUGCCUUUCUAAUCAGAGAGAGUGAAAGCCAGAAAGGAGAUUUUGCCCUUUCAGUUUUAGAUGAGAGGGCUGUGAAACACUACAGAAUCAGAAGGCUGGAUGAAGGGGCAUUUUUCCUUACCCAGAGAAGAACCUUUUCAACACUGAAUGAAAUUGUGAGCUACUACACCGAGACAAGUGAUGGCCUGUGUGUCCAGCUGGGAAAACCAUGUUUAAAGAUACAAGUGCCAGUGCCUUUUGAUUUGUCGUAUAAAACCGCGGACCAGUGGGAGAUAGACCGCAAGUCUAUACAGCUUCUGAAGCGAUUAGGAUCUGGGCAGUUUGGUGAGGUGUGGGAAGGACUGUGGAACAACACCACUUCGGUAGCAGUGAAAACAUUAAAACCAGGUUCAAUGGAUCCAAAUGACUUCCUGAGGGAGGCACAGAUAAUGAAGAACCUAAGACAUCCAAAGCUUAUCCAGCUUUAUGCUGUUUGCACUUUGGAAGAUCCAAUUUAUAUUAUUACAGAGUUGAUGAGACAUGGAAGUCUGCAAGAAUAUCUCCAAAAUGAUGCUGGAACAAAAAUCCAUCUGACUCAGCAGGUGGACAUGGCCGCGCAGGUUGCCUCUGGGAUGGCUUAUCUGGAGUCCCAGAACUACAUUCAUAGAGAUCUGGCUGCCAGAAAUGUCCUGGUUGGUGAACAUAAUAUCUACAAAGUUGCAGAUUUUGGACUUGCAAGAGUUUUUAAGGUAAGUAAUGAAGACAUCUAUGAACCCAAACAUGAAAUAAAGCUGCCAGUGAAGUGGACUGCGCCCGAAGCCAUUCGUGCUAAUAAAUUCAGCAUUAAGUCUGAUGUGUGGUCAUUUGGAAUCCUUCUUUAUGAAAUCAUUACUUAUGGCAAAACGCCUUAUAGUGGCAUGACAGGUGCUCAGGUAAUCCAGAUAUUGUGUCAAAACUAUAGACUCCCUCAACCACCUAACUGUCCACCACAGUUCUACAACAUCAUGUGGGAGUGUUGGAAUGCAGACCCUAAGGAACGGCCAACAUUUGAGAAACUGCAUUGGAAACUUGAAGACUAUUUUGAAACAGACUUUUCAUUUUCGGAUACAAACAACUUUGUAAGAUGAACACUGAAGAAGAACAUUCAAUAAUGAAGUAACAAAAGAGUUCAAUAAUCAGUCCAGAAAUAACCUUAUUAAUCGACUUCCAGAAGAGCUUACCUCGACAUAUUCAAGUGAGAGGGUCAACUUGGCCAUGUAUUACGAAGAAGAUUAUAUGUGCACUUCAUUGACUGGGCAACACUGCAGGACAGUCUAAGAUGAUAUUUUAUCACUGUCUGGCAAAAAUCAAACACAUAAACACUUUUCUUUUUUAAAAAAAUACAUUUCUAUUUAUUGUUUGAAAUACUGAUCAAGAAGAUCAACAGAUGAUAGUCAAUUUUUACUCAGUGACUGUUGUAGCAUUUUCCUGUUUACUGAUUAAAGUGGUUAUUCAUUAUUCCUCGGAUUGCUGAAUCCCAUCAGGCUUUUAUUAUGAAGGAAUCUGAUUGCUUUGCUGCACAGCAGGACCUGUGCUUUGAGAUUUUUUUUUUCUCUUGUAAAAUAUCCUGUAACUACAAUGAUGGUAAAGCCAUGUGAAAUGACUUGAUUGUACUUGGAGUAAUUGCACAUAUUUUUUUCCUAUGCAUAAAAAAAUGAAGCAGCUGUUGAGAAAAAGAAUUAAAAUUUCUCUCAUUUUGUAGAAGGAAAUGAUGGGAUUUUUCUGUACCUCGGUAUGUGUCAUCUGAGAAUCAUCUACAUUAGUUUUAAUCUCCUAAUGUUAAGAAUCAGAUUGCAAAGCGGAUGAGUUAUUAUCUCUGGAAAUAUGUGAGAAACAUCUAAUAGCCUGAAAAAUCUGAGAAAUAAGUAUAAAAUAGUUUAGGAAAAUGAGAGGAGAGCAGUAGGAUUGCUAUGGCUUGGAUUUCUGAAUAAUUUUAAGAAGAUGGACCUUUGGCGUAUAGGCCGGAGUUUUAAAUUGAUUAUGGUACAGGUCAAGGUCAGUUUAGAUCUAGAGGCUAGUAAUAAUGUCUGACUUGGGUUAUGAAGCUGUAUUUUUCUGUCUGGUAUGAUAAAAGGAGUUUUUACUCAUCUUAUAUGUGCAUUAACCUUUGUAAGAAUGUUACUGUCUUCUUAAGCAAUGGGUAGAUCAAAUUUUGUGCCCCAUUAGGUGAUUAGGGAGGGUUCUCAGAGGCAGUUUCAGAAUCAAGUAUAUAUUCAGAGAUCUCUGCUGUAAAGCAAUAUGAAUGAAACAAACCACCAGGAAGCAUAUGAUUCUGAGUACAUUCUCUCAUCUUUAAAGGAAAAGAGGAACAUAUCCAAACAGUUUUGGAAACCGAAAUCCAAAGCAGAGGAAGGGCUAAGAAGAAAGUGUCUGAGCUCUACCUGAAAGGCUGGUUCCACACCAUCACCACUUCACUGGUAGUCAUGGGGACCUGCAUUCUUUCCAUCUGUCUUCUCUGUCACCAGCAUUUUCCUCAUUCUCAAAGUCACAGAUGGCUCAGUAGCAGCUGGGGCUCCCUGGUAGCAGUAAAUGGGAAACCUCUCUCUCUGCAUUUUCAGCUGGCAUAAAAGACAUUCUUUUGGGGGGCACCUCGGUGGUGCAGUCAGUUAAGCCUCCGACUCUUGGUUUCCGCUCAUGUCGUGAUCUCAGGGGCAUGAGAUCAAGCCCCAAGUAGGGCUCCGUGCUCAGUGCAGUCGGCCUAAGAUGCCCUCUCCCUCUCUGUCUGCUCUUCUCCCCCUGCUCUCUCUCCUUCAAGUAAAUAAAUAAAUAAAUCUUUAAAGAACAUCAUUCUUUUUUUUCUCUGUAGGCAAAUUGGAGCAUAUGCCGACACUAAUAGACUUAUUGUAAUGUUAUGUGCUGAUUGGCUUAGAAUAAGUUCUGCCACUGAAGCCGGAAAUGUGGCGAUUCUUCCGGGAGACAGUUGGAAGGUUGGCUUAUUGGAAUAAAAUUAGAUGCUGGAUAGGUAUCCAUUAAGGAGAAAAUCCCAGAUGUAGGUCGGUGUGUGUACAUACAUUCAGACUUCUCUGAAACUGAAAUGGGUCAUGUGGAGCUAUUGAUCAUAGAGCGCCUUGACUUUUUUUUAUAAAUGGGAAAGACUUACAAGAUAAAGUCCACACAAAUUGUUUAAAUCAGUUGCCUAUGUAUAGGACAACUUUAUUUGUGUAAAGUCAGAGUCUAAUUGUGAAAAUUCAACUACUGUAUAAUCUUUUUUGUAGAAGCUGAUAAUAAUAACUUGCUUAGUAAGAUCUGAUUUUGAAAUGUAUAGAGAAGGCUAUCCUUUCUUGUUUUAAUAACACCUGAAACCGGUUUAACUUACUACAUUUGAUUCUUGGAGACAUUUAUGUUCAAGGUUUUGUCAAAGCAAUCUAUUAUUCUUGUUUUUGCCUGAUGGAUCAUAGAGAAAAAUAAUGGAUUCAGUUAUGAGAAGCAGUAAUAGAUUUUUUUUUAAGAUGACAUAAAUUUCUUUCCCUGUAUAGAAUAAAAGGAUCAGGAAAAGAUAAGUUGAAUUUUCCUACAGUGAGCCAGUUCUUGUUAAAUUUACCUCCCAUAAAUUGUAGCAAAGCUCUUUUCUAGGUAAUGUUUUAUUUAUGUAAUUCAGUUAUUUGCAGGUGGUGGUGAAGGAUGUGAGUACAUCAUUCCAUGUGGUAUUUCAAAUCUCUUUUGACAAAAACCUAAGAAUUUUUGCAGUGGGAAAAAUUCAAAAUUCCAUUAAGCCUCUUUUAAGAAGGUUAGGAAGGAAAUAGGUAUAUAUUACCUAAGGUCAAAAGAGGCACAGAGUGGAUUCCUAAUAGCUGUGGAACCUGAAUAUUGUAUCAUUGAAAACUAAGUAAAAUGGAAGUGACCGGCAAUCUGCUAACUGGGCCAUGGUGGGCAGGGUGUCUCAAAGGACACCAAAGACCAGGCAUGGGGAAAUAUCAGGCUGAGCCCGUUUCCAUCCUCUCGUAAUAUAUGUCUACAUGGUGACUGCAUGGAUCAACUCAAUUGUAAGGGGCCAAAGCUCUUGAUUCUCUCUCUAAUGGCCCAAAGGGAACCAUUGCCCUUGGAAGGAUGCCAUCAUGUCCCCCAGCUGGAGCUUUCUUGAGGAAGCAGCACCCUGCUGAUGAUCCUUGUCUUUGCCAAGCACAUGUCCUAUCUGCAAUAAGGUUUUUCAUAGUCUAGUUGAGCAUAUGGUUUCUGGACCAAAAAGCCUGUCUGAUAGUGUCUGUGGUGAUUUUUAAGGACCCUGCAAUGAUACAUUCUGCAAACCAGAAUGGUGAUAACAUGGGUAAUUAUUCACCUUGUGUUACCGUUUUCUCCCAUUGAAAACACCUACUCUGAAAAAAAAAAUGGUAAAUGAAGGUUAAAUGCCUGGGUACCGGAAUUGCGUGUGGGCUCAUCUGGAAAUGUUCAGUUCUCUAGUUUUUCCUCGGCAUUGUUAUGGAGAAGUUUUGGUCUAUAGUCUCCAAUAUGAUCGAAAAAUUUAAUGUUGUAACAUUAAAAAGAAGAGAAAAGGCUGGGUAGUUUGGUGGAGAGGGAAAACUUACAAAUCUUUUAAAUCCAUGGCUCCA